AUUUGAUGAAGUGAGUUUCAUUCUUUUUCUUCAUCAGAAAUGUGUACAAGGUUUUUUUGGUAAUAGAGCCCCUUUAUCACACACUUUGUGCCAGUAGCAAAUAUUAAAUAACAGGGAGAUACGCAUUAAGUCACUGAAGGCAUUAGCCCUCACAAUGAGCCAAAAUGGAUUUUGUGUCGAAUUGAAGGGCAAGACCCAUUUUGCUUCUGACUGUUGCCUUAACAAAUGAGGUAAAGACUUCUUUUUGAGCCACAUAGAUGUAUUUUUUUCUAUAAACAGGCUGCUCAGUGUUGGUUUUUUAAACUAGGUGAAAUCUUCCUAAUAUGUAUAUUAUCCACCUCAUAUUUUCUGCCAAUAGGGAUGCAAGGCAGGCACAGCAUCAGCUGAGAGUCAUUGGCUGAUAAUGUUGAGCUCAUAGUCACUCUCCUCACAUUGAGCUGUGGGGGCGGGGGAGGGGGGGAAGAGUAAAGGACACCAAAGAGGAAUUUCCUCCCCAGAAGAGAGUUUGUUCCAACAACUAUGUGAGGAGAUUCAAAGGGUCUUGGUAUAGACUGGAGUGGCUCACCAUCUUACUUUCCAAAAUUAUAUGGAAGUUGUUCUGAAGUGGAAAAGGACAGCCCAUUCCAUCUGAAAGGAAAGGUCCUUUAAGGAAACAUGAUGAAUUACUAUAGAGUACUAGGUGUGCCUCAAAAUGCAUCCCCCGCUGAUAUUAAGAAGGCUUACCACCAGUUAGCUCUUCAGGUACAUCCAGACAAGAACCCAGAAAACAGGGAGGCAGCUGAGGAGAAAUUCAAACGAGUAGUAGAAGCCUAUGACGUCUUGUCUGAUACCAAGAAACGCAACAACUAUGACAAGUCCAAAGAGAACCACAUCAAAAUGGAAAAUACAGGUGACUGCAGAGACAAAAACUGCUUGAAAGAGAAACCACGGUUUGAGAGGCCACACUGUGGCUUUCAAAAUGUCUUUGAAGAUGGAGACUUCUUCUCAGGAGAUUGUUUUUCCACUGGUCAUGUGGGUAAGGCCAGGAGAUUUCACUCCUCCUUCUUUGAUGUCAUCCCCAUAUUGGACACAGGAUUUUCCACAUUUGUAUCCCUGGGCUCCAGACCAAGUCCCCCUUCCUCUGGGACAUUUGUACCCUUUGUAAGCAGUGGAAUGGGAAACUUCAGGCUGGUCACCACUUGUAGCCAGAUAGUGAAUGGCAAGAGAGUUGUUACAAAGAAAGUUCUAGAAAAUGUGAGAGGGAAGACUGAAGUGGAAAAGGACAGCCCAUUUCAUCAAAUUCCUCCACAUCAUGGGCAGGAGCCUGGGCAUGGCCUCCAGCGUCUUCUAGGGCUCGCUGCUCUCAGACUUCCCAUCUCUCAUCUCCCUCACAAAGUCCAAUCACCAUUCCUACUUGGAUCUAACACCACAUGAAAAGAAGGCAAAUAUUUAACAUUAACAUCAUUUAAUAAACACGUAUAGAAAUUUCUGUGUGUCGG